UAAAAUAAUACCAAUUUUAAGAUAUACUACAAUUUAUUGAAAUGGUCAAAAAGUAUAAUAAAACAAAAUAUGUGCAUUCUUGAUUUACUAAAUGGUUUAACAUAAAAUUAUAAAAUUAUUAACUAAAUACAAUACAUAAUUAUUUAUAUGCACACACAAAAUUAUCAAAAUUAAUCAAGUCGCACAUUUGUAUUAAAAUACCGCACAAUGACUUUGCUUGGACCAUUUUGAGUAGAAUUGAGUUGGCAGCUCAACAGCGCAACACCAUAUACAUGUUGGCAGCCCUAGCUAAAUGCAUGAAAGAAAAUAAAUAGGAAUCAUCACGCAGUUAACAAUUUUGGGGUGUUAAAGCCGAACAAACAAUUUGCAAACCAUUGGGCUUGCGAGUGCAGCGACCUCAUUAUGAAUUUAACGGAGCAGAAUCCGUAUGGCAAUGGCCUGCUCUAUGCUGGCUUUAACCAGGACCAAGGAUGUUUUGCUUGUGCCACGGACACCGGGUUCAGGGUGUACAACUGUGACCCGCUUAAAGAGAAGGAACGCCAAUACUUUCCUGAAGGUGGCCUAAGCCAUGUUGAAAUGCUCUUUCGCUGCAAUUAUCUGGCGCUUGUUGGUGGCGGUAUUCGGCCUUUGUAUCCGCCCAACAAGGUGAUUGUCUGGGAUGAUCUCAAGAAAUCACCGGCCAUAACUCUGGAUUUCAAUCAACCUGUGCGCGCUGUACGCCUGAGACGGGAUCGGAUUGUCGUUGUGCUGGAGGGCAUCAUUAAAGUGUAUACAUUUACACAGCAGCCACAGCAGCUGCAUGUGUUUGAAACAAGCUCCAAUCCCAAUGGCCUGUGCGUCUUGUGCCCGCACAGCAAUAAAAGCCUACUCGCAUUCCCGGGCCGACGUACCGGUCAUGUACAAAUCGUUGAUCUUGCCAAUACAGAGCGUGCCCCAUUGGAGGUGAUUGCGCAUGAGGCGGCCAUCAGUUGCAUUGCAUUAAACUUGCAGGGCACUCGUUUGGCCACCGCCGGCGAAAAAGGUACACUAAUACGCAUUUUCGAUACGGAGAAUGGCAAAAAGGUAUCAGAGCUGCGGCGCGGCAGUAAUCAUGCAAACAUAUUUUGCAUCAAUUUCAAUCAUCAGUCCACAAUGAUUGUUGUGGCCUCCGACCAUGGAACCAUACACGUCUUUAAUUUGGAGGACAACAAGGCGCGCGAAUCAUCGCUUCCGAUCAUACCCAAGUAUUUCUCAAGUCAAUGGAGUUUUGUUAAAUUUUCCAUACCGCAGGGACCUCGCUGCAUUUGUGCCUUUGGUGCCGAAUCCAAUUCGGUUGUGGCUAUUUGUGCGGAUGGACACUACUACAAAUUCCUAUUCAAUAACAAGGGCGAAUGCAGUCGGGAUGUUUGCACGCAGUUCCUAGAGCUGCAGGAUGACGAAACAUAAAGUCGAACAAUUACUGUGUGGCACCUAUAUAAGCAUAUUAAUAUAUAUACAUGAAAUUCGUGUUACACAAUAUUAUAUUUAAGCAUGCUUUAAACCUACCUUACAAGUUCACAUAAAACUGUAGUUAACAAUUGUAAAUGUUACACAACUAA